CCUUACAUCAGGUGACAGAGGCGUAUAGUUCUCAUUCGCCCCAGCAAGGUUUUUCUUUAUCCAUUUCAAGAACCAAGACAAAAUGGCGACUGCUGCCAUUCCACAGAAUGAGAUAGAAAACACAAUGCGUAUGGGGCUAAUGAUACAUCGGUCACAAGAUGUGCUUCAAGAUGUCCUCAGUACACAGUUACAAACAACUUAUCCAGGGUUGUUUGAUCCGUCAAAUGGUGGCAAGUUGUUUGACAUUUUAACUGACCAAAAGGCAAAUCAAACUUUGCUACAGUUGAAAAAAAUGAAAGUUUUGAAUGCAAGCCAAAUGAAGCUUCUAUACCCUUCUGGGAAUCCCUCUACAACUGUUACACUGAAGGCCUUAGAUGUGACUCUUACAGUAGUCUUGUUAAGAAAUAUCACAACACUAAACCCAAAGGGCAGUUGGGAGAAUCCACCGACAAGUGACAUGUCCAUGGAAGCCCAGAUUGGCAGAGUAAAGAAAUACCGCAACAAAAUUUCCCAUGGGGGCGCCAGUCUCACAGAUGCUGCAUUUCAGACACAGUUUAAAGAAUUGAAAGCUUUGUUGUUAUCACUGUCCACAAUCUACACCAGUGAUGACUAUGACAAGUUGCUUACAGAUCCAUUGCAUGCAGCAGGUAUGACAUAUUUAACAGAUAACAAGUGUACUGUGAAGAAUAGUGAGAGAAACUGCUCUUUUUGGCUAAUAGGGACUGUGCUCUAUUAUACUGACUGUCCACCAGCAUAUAAAUAA